AUGGAACCUGUCACAAAUGCAGCACUCCCUGGGGUUUCUGAAAAAGAAGUCAACAAAGGAUUUUCUCAACCCGUGUACGUUUUGAUCUAUCGUACCAAUAUGGAUCAUCUGGAACCAUUACACACAACAAACAAGGUUAAUGUCAGCAAAAUUGAAGUUAAUGUUUUGGACUCUAUAACACUGAAAGUGAUCAUGAAUAUUUCUGGGAAUAUAUCUUGCCACUGGACCUUUAAGAACAUCACAACUCCAUGUAAUGUGAAUUAUUGCACCCUACACAGUCAAAUCAUUUCUUUAAUAGUUUCUCGAGUCACUGAAAGGCACGCAGGAAUAUACCACCUCACUACUGAAGGCACAAACACAAUUAACUUUCCGAUUUUUGUAAGAGAUCUUGAUAGAUCAAACAAAGAAAGCUCAGUUUUGAAUGUUUUUCUGAAAGUUGGUGAUCCAUUUCUGGUGCGAUGUAUUGCUUCAUAUGAAACAUACAAAUUCAGAAUAGAUUGGAUUACUAACACAAAUGCAGGAAAUACAACAGAGGUCCUGGACGUUGAAGAAUCAUUUGUAUCAAGCAGGCACACAAGGAUCAGAUUCUUGUUUAUUACUUCAGUACAACUGGAAAAUAGCGGAUUAUAUACAUGUGCUUCUACAAAACAUUCAAAGAAAACAGUGAAAUUAACAGUCAUUGAGAAAGGAUUUAUAAAUUCAUCAAUAACAAACAAUGUUCAUACAAUUGGUGAAGCAGAGAACUUUUGUUUUGAAGUUAGAUUGAAGGCAUACCCACUUGUAAGGUGCCAGUGGUAUUUCUCCCACAAAGCAUUCCCCAGCUUGCUUAAAAAGAUAUCUGGAAACAGUUAUUCUGCAUCAUUUUGUGAUCAUGGUCAUAAACCAGGAAUCUAUGAAUUCUUUGCAGAAAAUGAGGAGGCAGAAUUUCAGACAUUUUUUACUUUAUAUAUAAAAAAAAAACCAAGUCUUGAACUUUCAUCAGGAAAAAAUAAUAUUUUCUGCAACUCCACAAGCUAUCCAUUAGCCACAGUGAGUUGGAAAAAGUGCAAUGAAAAAUCCUGUGCUGGAAGUGAAAAUAUAACUGAGGGCAUUCAGACAAUGGAGUUAGAUGGAAAAAUAUUUGGGUCCAAAAGUAUACUGAGUGUACUGGAUCCAACGGUCAUGACGGGUGGGUUUUCAAUAGAGUGCUGUGCAGAGAAUGCUGUAGGCUCAAUCUGCAAAAGAAGCUAUCUUCCAGAGCAAGAUAAAAUGCGGUUUUCAAAGACUAUUUUCUACACGACAAUUGGAAUUUUUGGUCUAGUUACAAUCCUGUUUUUUGCUUUCAUAGUCCCUAAAUAUAAAAAGCAACCUGGUUAUGAACGGCAGCUCCUCAUGAUACAGGUUAUUGGAUCCUCUGAGAACGACUAUGUUUAUGUUGAUUUUACCAACACUGAUUAUGAUCCAAAAUGGGAAUUUCCUCGUGAAAACUUGGAACUGGGGGAUGUACUUGGCUCUGGUGCAUUUGGAAAAGUCAUGGAAGCCAUGGCGUACGGAAUCAAUAAAGCAAAUGUCCCCAUCCAGGUUGCUGUCAAAAUGUUGAAGGAAAAAUAUGAACCUUCUGAAAAAGAUGCCUUGAUGUCUGAACUGAAAAUGAUGAUUCACAUGGGGCGCCAUGAAAACAUUGUCAACCUUUUAGGUGCUUGUACUAUUUCUGGUCCAGUAUACCUAAUCUUUGAAUAUUGUUGCUAUGGAGACCUUCUUAAUUACUUAAGAAAUAACCGGGAGAAUUUUCAUAAGACGUUGACUGAUGUCUUUGCACAUAACAACUUUAGCUUCUAUCACAAUCUUUACAAUGAUCAGCAAUUCAGCUAUAAAACUAGAAAUGUGGUGCAAAAUCAAUCUUAUGUGCCCAUGAAUAGAGAAUCCGAUACUGGCAUGUUGUCACAAAAAUCUGAUAGUGAUUUACUAUUCCAUGAGGAUGAACUAACAUGCCCAUUAAAUACAGAUGUUGACUAUCGGAAUGCCAGGAGAUAUGAAGAUGAAGAUUUGCAUGUUCUUACUUUUGAGGAUCUCCUGAGUUUUUCAUAUCAAGUUGCUAAAGGGAUGGAAUUCCUGACUUCACAAAGUUGUAUUCACAGAGAUCUGGCGGCAAGGAAUGUGUUAGUUACCCAUGGGAAAGUAGCAAAAAUAUGUGAUUUUGGAUUGGCCAGGGACAUCAUGCAAGAUUCUAACUACGUUGUCAGAGGCAAUGCACGACUGCCUGUCAAGUGGAUGGCGCCUGAAAGCUUAUUUGAAGGCAGUUACACAACUCGUAGUGAUGUCUGGUCAUAUGGAAUCUUAUUAUGGGAAAUAUUUUCACUUGGUGUCAAUCCAUAUCCUGGAAUCCAGGUGGAUUCUAACUUCUACAAGCUAAUCCAAAGCGGGUUUAAGAUGGAGCAGCCAUUUUAUGCUACUGAAGAGAUAUACUGUGUGAUACAAUCAUGCUGGGCUCUUGAUCCAGGAAAACGACUCGCAUUUUCAGACCUAGUUUCUAUUUUUGAAAAGCAACUUGCGGAUGCUGAAGUAGCUCUUUAUCAUAACAUAAAAGUGUGCAAAUACAAUUCACACUAUAAAAACCUCCCUAUUAGUUCUAUGGAGCACACCAGCAUCCAUUCUGCCACAUCAUCACUGAAGGAAAGUACUGCAAUGAAUGAAGAUGUGCAAAUGUAAUUUUUCUGCUGUAUUGACCAUCAAAGAUAGGUGGUUUCAUUGGACUAUGAAUGUUUUCUUUUCACCACUAAGCUAAUCAAUGACUGUCUCAGCUGCUAACAUCAAAAAGGUUACAAUUAUUGAAACAGUUUUACUUUUCUUCUGUUGUAGUUCAGUGGUUUAUGGAAG